AACGAAUUCGCUACCAAUUACAACUCAAUUCGACAUCAGGAUGGCCAUCAUCAUUGUUUCAACUGAGGAGUCCGAUAUUAAAACAUUGACUAAACUAAGCGACAUCUGCUUCCGAUCAGCACACUCCGUGUUAUUCGAUGGUCCGCUCAGAACGGAAACACUAGACGCAUUAGCUGAGCAGUGUUUCGGUCCAUAUUUUAAAAAAAAUGAAAAUAACGAAAGCCAGAUAACACCACCGAAACGCUGGGUUGCACUUAAAGCCAUUGAUGACGAGACGGGAGAAAUUGUUGGCGAAUCACGCUGGGUCAUUCACUACGAGAAUGAGGCGCUCACCAAAACCGUCGAAGAGCGUGUGGAAGAGCUUCACACACCUCCUUUGCCCCAGACAAGAGUUGAAGUCAACCGUGCUUGGGUAAGGAUGGUGGCAGAAGCCAAGCGCCAAGCGCUUAAAUUUCAAGAGGCCGGGAGCAGCAGAAUAGACAUCAGAGAAAGUGAUCCCAACAAGAUCACCGCAUUGCAUAAGAGAGUGUAUUUGCAAGCAUUAUUAGUACAUCCUGAGCACCAGAGAAAAGGAAUUGGCCGGAAGUUGCUUCAAUGGGGCCUCGAUGAGGCUGACAAGCUAGGCUUAAUAACUAGUCUUGAAUCAACACCAGAGGGUCGCCGGCUAUAUGAAAAGGCAGGGUUCGAAGUAGUGAAAGAAUUGUCGUUAGAUCUAACUCCAUAUGGACAAACGGGUAAACUGCCUCUUGCUAUCAUGGUCAGGCAGCCUAAUCCUAAGAAUUGAUAACGUUGAUAUAUGAAAAUAUAUGGAAGCUGUGCCCCUUUCAAUUUUGUGGAUGAGAACUU